AUGUCAGAAUUAAGAAAUCAAUCAGCCUUUUCUUACCCUUCACCAGCAACAAACACUUUACCGAGGACUGACAUAUCACUUCGCGAAAUAUUAGAUACAUAUCGUGAUAAUAAUGAUCUGUUGAAACAGAUUCUUAAUGCUAAAGUUGAAGAAGAUAAAGCAAGUAUUUUAUUCUUUGAUUAUUGUUUUCUACUUGAUCGUCGAGCAGAAGAAGAAAAGUAUAAAACGGAACAAUUACGGUUACAAUGUAAACAGGUUGAUUUAGAGAUGUUGAAAGAACAAAAGAAGCCUCCAACAAUUUAUACUGGAGUUCCACGUAAUUAUUUAAUUUAA